CAAUUUGUCUAGUAAACUACUUUUUUUUUUAAUCAGUCAGCUUACAAUCAGUCAUUUGUCAUUUUUGUUUGGACAUAUUUGUACAAUUUCCAAAUUUGAUUCAAUUGUUGUCUUUAUAAUUAUACAUUUUUACUUAAUAAAUGUGUUAUUGAUAUCUGACAAUCAUUGCUUGUCUGCCUGGAUCUCACUGCAUCAGUCAUUAUGAAACUAUUUCCUCAAUUUGACUUUUUAAUUGUGUGUUCUUGGAUUUCUUUGUUGUACAUUCUCACAAACUUCAGGAUCUCUUUUAGGUGUUUUCAAGUCUUCAAACUUUUUGGCCUUUUUUUUGGCCUUACUGGACACAUUUACACUACAAAGUAGCCUACAUUUGUUGACUCUUAUGCUAAAUUGAUCGCCGUGCUCCUUGUGUAAGUCACAUAAAGUGUAAAAAAAUAAAUACUAUUUUACUGACACAUUUCUUUCUUUAUAUGAUUACUCUGAGUAAUGUGUUAUUUUAUUAUUUUAUUUUAUUUAGCAUUUUACUCAACUAGAUUUAAACAUUGUAUACCUUGACCAGGCUUUCUUUAGUAAUGAAUUCAUGAUGUUCUUUACUACUUCUUUCUCUUUUAUCAGGUUCAUCAACAAAUUAACAGUUUGGACCUAAUCAGAGAAAGCAACAUAAGUCGUGUUUCUAUUUGAUCUUUCAUACUCUAAUGUUACCAUCACAUAUGACUGACAAUCGCUAUAAAUAGUUGUGAUGAUUUCAGGAAUCUCAGAGUCAUUCAGCGCCUCCUAGAGGAAGACGAGCGAAUAACACAUGCGACACCCGCAGGCGCAGUACGGUAGAUGUUUACGACAAUAAGAGCACAUGUACGGCUGUAUCACGGAAGAGUGUUGUGCGAGUUUUGAUUUGCUCAAAUUAUACAGUGUGGACGAAUAUAACAUCUGAUCUGGUCCUGUGGGCGAAUUCACACCUGCAGUGAAGCUCCUCCCACAACAAUUCACCAAUAAAUAUUGGGAAUAUUCACAUCAUCCUACAAGAGAAGGACAAACUCCAGGUGUAGCAGCUGAAAUCUGUGUGACUGAUAAAGAUGGAGUUUAUUAAAGAGGAGAUUGAAGACAUGAGUGAUCCAGAACCAUCCAGAAGUAAAACAUGAAGAUACUGAGGAACAAAUAGACCAGAUGGAGGUGAUGGAGCAAAAACACAAACUUGAAGUUAAAGAGGAGAAACAUGACUUCAAAACUCAAGGACCAAAAGCCAAAAAGCUGCACACCUGCUCACAAUGUGGAAAGAGUUUCCAAAGUCAACAAAACCUCAACAGACACAUGAGAAUUCACACUGGAGAAAAACCGUUUACAUGCACUCAGUGUGGAAAGAGUUUCCAAAAUCAACGAACCCUUAACGGACACAUGAGAAUUCACACUGGAGAAAAACCGUAUACAUGCACUCAGUGUGGAAAGAGUUAUACUGGUGAAUCAGGUCUCAGAUAUCAUCUGCUCUGUCACUCUGGAGAAAAACCAUAUAACUGUUCACAGUGUGGAAAGAGUUUCCAAAAUCAACGAACCCUUAACGGACACAUGAGAAUUCACACUGGAGAAAAACCGUAUACAUGCACUCAGUGUGGAAAGAGUUAUGCUGGUGAAUCAGGUCUCAGAUAUCAUCUGCUCCUUCACUCUGGAGAAAGACCAUUCAACUGUGAUCACUGUGGUAAAGAUUUUAAAUCAGCAUCAAAUCUAAAAACACACCUGAUAGUUCAUUCAGAUGAGAGGCCUUAUUUGUGUUCUCUAUGUGGAAAGAGUUUUUCAUGGCUGAACAAUUUUAAAAAGCACCAGAAAACACAUAAUGAAGUGAAAGAUCAUGUGUGUUGUGACUGUGGGAAGAGCUUUACUACAGCUUUCAAUCUGAAACAGCACCAAAGAAUUCAUACUGGAGAAAAACCUUAUAAGUGCUCAUAUUGUAGCAAGAGUUUUGCUCGUCCUGAAAGCCUGAAAGUACAUGAGCGAGUUCAUACUGGAGAAAAGCCGUACUGCUGUACUCUGUGUGAGAAGAGUUUCAAAUGUACUAGAUCUCUCAGUUAUCAUCUGUACAUUCACUCUGGAGAAAAGCCGUUUAACUGUGAUCAGUGUGGUGCAAAGUUUAUUUCAUCAUCAAAUCUAAAACGACACCUGAAAGUUCAUUCAGCUCAUGUGUGUUCUCUCUGUGGAAAAAGUUUUUCUUUGCUGAUGAAUUUUAAAAAGCACCAGAAAACACAUAAAAAAGUGAGAGAUCUUGUGUGUUUGGACUGUGGGAAGAGCUUUACUAGAUCUGACUAUCUGAAACUGCACCAAAGAAUUCAUACUGGAGAAAGACCUUACAAGUGCUCAUAUUGUGACAAGAGUUUCACUCAGUCUGGACACCUGAAAUCACAUGAGCGAGUUCACACUGGAGAGAAGUCGUGUUAGUGUACUCAUUGUGGGAAGAGUUUUAAACAUUUAUUAAGCCUUCGCACUCAUAUGAAAAAAUGUUGGAAGUGAUCAAGAUUCGUUUUCAUGUCAGAUACUUUCAAGUAAAUUCUGUGAGAUAAGAUGAGUUUGUUCUAAAAGCACAAUAUCAGCUAGAAUCUAGAUUAAAGGUAGGGUAGGCUAAAUGUUAUAAACACUUUUUGUUACACUGUUUGCUAUCAGGAUCUGAAGAGAGUUUCAAUCAAUAAUAGAAGUGCAUGGUCUAAAUAUUAAAACAUCUUCAUGUACAUCUUCUGUGAAAGUCUUGGUCCGAAUGCAAUGAUACUAUGUCCUAUCUGCUGGUAUAUGUACUUCGAUACCUCCGCGCACCUGCGCGCAUCAUCAACAGCAGCUAAUUUUUAGUUCCUCCUAAACCAAAACAAGAUUAUUCUGCAUUCCCAUGUCUACCCGAAUGAUGUGCGCAUUCAUGUGUUUUGAAGGAGGUGUAUCAAAAUUUUCAAAGCUAGCUUGCUAUUGUUAGCCUCUCAGAAAUUGCUUACCACACCUUUAAUUUUGUGAAUUUAGUUAAAAGCUUGGAGAACAGAAACAAUAUUUUGACUGUCCACUGGCCUUCCUGUGAGUUUUUUUGUUUUGUCUUCCAUUUUGUUUGUUUCUGGUUUGGUGUUUCCAUAGGAACACUAAUUGUUCAGCUCACAGGCUGAUUGCCGUCACCUGUUACUCUUUACCUGCUACCUAUAUAUAUGUACACUCCUCUGUCUUUUUGCGGUCCUGGUUUGUUACAGCUCUCUCUGUCAGUUUCAUGUUCACGUUUUUUCUCCUCUUUGUUUCUUAGUAAGUGCCUGUUGGACUUAACUGUUUAUAGAUUUGACAGUGGACUCUAGUGACGCAAAAUCCGAUUAAUUUCCGUGAACUAGUUCUUUUUGGAAAGUUCAGCUCAAUGAACUGGUUCAAAAACCUGAUUCAUAGGUUCCUGCAUCAUCAUGCAAUGAUGUCUCUAUGCGUAUCUUUUCUAACAACUCAGUGUCAUGUUACAUAAAUGAAACGUUCAAAUAAAGUCAUUUGUGUGAAUGCAUAUUGCUGAUUAUUGCCUUUCAUUCACUUAAUAGAGUUUGUGGUCACAGUUUCAUUGGAUCGCAGAUCCUUUAUGUCAGAUAUGACUUACCAAUAUUGAUUAGCCUACAUCUUGGAUAAGAUUCGCAUUUAUAACACAUAUUUAUGC